AUGUCUCUACGCCCAAGACAAGAAGACGACGACGCGCCAACCUUUCGCAUCAUCACCACCCUCAAACACACGCUGUUCAAUGCUCAGGACGCCGAGUCUGCAGACUCGCGGGCCCACGCUCUGGUCCAGCGCUGGAAAGACGUCAAUGGGAGGCUCUUCGUGCUGCAUACACGGCGUCUGCGGGAGGCUGCCGAAGCAUUCGGCUGGACGGAUGUUGCGACCAGCCUUUCCCCCGUCGUCGCGAGUGCCACAGUGAGCAGCAAGCAAGCGGAUGGAGGAGGCCCAAUAUCGUCAACGGCCGCCAAACCUGUCAUCAGGAUAGAAUGCCUCGUCGAGGAGGCCGCAGCCGCCACCGCCGCCUCCUCUCCAGGCCCCAAACGAGGGUUUCUACGAGACGUCCGCGUCCGCGUCCUGAUCGACCGUGACGGCGAGGUGGCGGUGGAAUGCACGACCGCCGGCAUGGGCGAGGACCGGCCUCUUUCGACGCUCACGCGCGCCCUCGACAUGUACACCUCGUGUCCCUUCACGUCCACGUCCACGGUGCCGCGACAGGGCGACGACCAAGCAGCAGCAGCAUGCCAGGUCACGCUUGACACCCAACCGACACGGCCGUCCCGGUUCACGCGGCAUAAAACCACCCGCCGCACCGCAUAUGACGAGGCGCGGGCCCGCGUCGCGCUGCUCCCGACCACGCCGCCCACGACGCGGGAAGUGCUCCUCUCCAACACCGACGGCCAGGUGACCGAGGCGUCGUUGUCGGCUGUGUACUUCCGGCGUGGCGCCACCUGGCUGACCCCGCGCUCGGACUGCGGCGGCUUGCAGUCCGUCACCAGGCUGUACGCGCUCGAGCAGGGCUGGUGCGACGAGGGGACUGUUCUGGCUUGCGAGGUCGAGGACGGUGAGGGCGUCUGGUUGAGCAACGCGGUCAGAGGCUUCUUCCCCGGCGUGGUGAGGCGGGAAAAUACCUGA